AAGAGGGCGGGGCGACAGGCGAAAAAAAAAAAGAGUUGAAUGGAAAGCGAAAGUAGAGAAAGCCAUCUUCGUUGUCAUCAUAAGAUAGCCUAAACAGAAGCAGUGUUUUCUUUUGUUAGUGAAUCCUGUAGCCACUUAAAUGUUAUGCCGUUUGUUUGUUGUUGUUUUUUUACUUUGCCUUGAAUACUGUCUGUGAUCAACGAGAAUAAAAAUGAUUGAAGUGACGAGAGAUAAUUUUGAAGAUGUUUUCCCAAGCAUAGAGUACGCAAUCAGAACUGCAGAUUUUAUUGCGAUUGAUUCAGAAUUUUCUGGGCUCCAUUUUCAUGAUGAUGAUAAGCCAAGCUUAUUUGACAGCGGCUCAGAUAGAUAUUCCAAGCUUAGGAGAAGCAUACAGAAAUUUACUUUGUUUCAAAUAGGAUUGUCAACAUUUUGUGGAGAUGUGAACACCAACAGGUAUCAAACACAGACAUUCCAGUUUUACCUUUUCCCAAGAAGCUUUGCGUCUCAUGAUCAAAGACUGAGUUUGCAGGCAUCAAGUAUCCAGUUCUUGCGCAAGCACAAGUUUGAUUUCAAUAAGUGGCUUCACGAUGGGAUCUCCUACUUGAAUUGUGUUGAUGAAAAGAAAGUAAAAGACCUAGUUGAAGUUGGGGUCUUGAAUCGCGACCUUGACAGACAAAUGGAUGAAAAAGAGAUACAGAGUCUGUGUUCACAUGUAGCAGCCUGGAUCCCAACCAGCCAACCUGGAGACAUCCUCACUCUGCCCACGGACAAAAACUUUGCAGACUCCUUGUAUGUCUUCCACAAAGACUUGAGAGCACAGUUUCCUCAGAUAUGGACAAGCACAAAUGCUUUUGACCAGGUGGUGGUGAAAAGAGUUACGCCUACCGAGAGACGCAUGUCGCAAAAAAGAGAUCUAGACGGCGAUGAUCGCUAUCAGCAACAACUGCUGAAUGAGAUGCUUGGAUUCUCAAGGGUGUUCAGGCUUUUGUUGUCAGCCAGGAAGCCUAUUGUUGGUCACAAUAUGUUGAUGGACCUGAUGUUUAUGUUUGACAAAUUCCACAUGCCACUUCCAGAAAAGUAUGAAACAUUCAAGCUGUGUAUUCGUGAAGUCUUCCCAGUGAUAUUUGACACGAAGCACAUCCAUUUGUGCAUAAAGAAAAAACUGGAGUUACUUGGUGUUGUGCAUGCCAGGAGCCUGGAGGAACUGCACAACAUCCUCGCCAGUGAAAGAGUGAUGAACAUGUCACUACUGCAGCCUACAAUUCUUCGUCAGAAUGAAGUCUCAGCAGAUGGGGACGAGUUUCACAACGCUGGCUAUGACUCAUUCGUCUGUGGUAGCGUUUUCUUAAGAUUGUGCCACUUUCUUCAUUCAAAGAAUUUCAGCUCCAUGGACAUAAUGCCAUUUGCCUUCAACAGCUAUCUGCCAACUAUGAACACAUUUCGCAAUUGUGUUAAUGUGAUUCGAGCGUCAGUGACUCACACAAAACUGGAUGGUGCAGAUCCUGCCUCCUUACGUCCUCCUUUUUUGUACGUGAAAUUGAAAUCAGGAUUUCCGCUCUUUCUUGAAUCAAUGCUUGCACAGAAGUUGUCUCCAUAUGGAACAGUGGACAUACAGUUUCUCAGCUCCACAGAGGCUCUGGUGGCAACAAUGAAUUAUAUGAGCGCUCGUGACAUCAUCUAUGCCUUCAAGCAGGACCCCGUUAUUGAAGUGACCAACUACAGGUAUUGGCAGCACUCCCCCUUGGCACAGAAGUUGUGGUGGGGAGGAUUUUUUAGUGUGGCUGCUGCAUCCUGCGCUGUGAUCCUCAACUUGCUACAAAGAUCUUCAUAAUGCCUGUGCUGUAUUCAUAUUAUAAUCUGAAAAUCACGAGAAUUGUUGCAAUAUAUUUACUAGGUACUAGGUGACCAAAACGUCAGCUGGUGUUGAUAUAUAGGUCCUGUUGAAAGUCUUGUACACCCUUAAAGCCAUGCAUGGAAUACCAAAAUACAGUCACACGAAGAAGGGACUGUUGCAGGAUCGAUAAAUGAACAUAUUUGUGGCAGUUGUUUUACACCAGAAUAUUAACAGUUUCUCUUGGUAGGGCCUACUCUAUUGGUCUGCUCACCUUUUUGUCGGUUCCAGAAAGCUGCCAUAUUUUCUAUCACAUAAUCAGCAGUGAUCAGACACUUGCUCCUUGAAUUUGUUAUGGGUCUGAGAAUGUGGAAGAAGCAAACCAGACCCAAGUACUUGCCAGCCACCACUAGGUACAUAAAUUAGAUUCUUUUUAUUGUUGGAAGAAUACCUAGAUACCUGGAAAUUGUGUCAUCUCUGGCUCAGAGGUUGAUGUGCAAUGACCCGCCAGUGCUUAUGGUCACCGUCUGCCGCUGUGCAUUCUGCCAUACUGUGUAGAAUAUGUCGAAUUUAAGAGAAGAGAGAGAAUGGCCUGUUGGAAUUUCUCUGUCCAGGUGCUUGGCAGGGGCUCCUGUGGUGCUUGCUUCUCUAUAAUUACAAUUUCUCUAUUUGUUCUAGCUUGAUUCUAGCCUCUAGCCCAACCUUACUCUACCAAAAGUGCAACUGGAACCCAAAGAAGGGCAGAAUCAAGGUUGUUUUCUUUAUGUGGAUGUUUUUCAUUAGCAAAAUAUCCAUUAUUUUUACUUGUCACUGGAUCAAGAGUUUGUGUAAUAUUUGUUCAUGUUCAUAUUAUACAGAAUCUUUAUUACUGAGGGUUUGAAAAUGACUGAAUGGUGCACGAAAUUCUUGUCAUGUUUAGUGUGUUAGUGUUAUGUAACAAGUUGAUUCAUGACUCGGAUUCCAUGGUUGUACCACUGGACUACAUCAUCAUCAUCAUCAUCAUCACCGGACUACAGUACCACAGAAAUGAUUCCAAAGCACUAUUUUUAAUCAUUUUUAUAAAUGUACAGUCGUACCUGCUCUAACAGCCCCCUGUCCAAGACAAUCAGCUGUACCAAUAGCCACUUCCCCCCUUGCGUUUUUUCUACUGUGAUGCUAGUAUCUAAGACAUCCACUUGUCUAUGACAACCACUUUUCCCCUUGACAAUCGACGGCCAUCAAUUUCAACAAUAAUUGUAAAA